GUAUCCAGAGCAGACAUUGUUGAUGAAACAUGAAAAACACUUUAUGUCAAACUUGUUCGUUUACUUAUUGAGGAUAUAUUUUUUUCUUUAUUAAAUAAAAAAAUUUGCUCUAAAUCAUCGUCGCGUCUAUUGUAAAAAGUGGAAUCGCGUCAUGGCGUCGAAUGAAGUCACAAAGCUUCAACUGCAUUUAACAUUAUUAAAAGAAGAAUAUGGAAAGUUACAAAGCCACUGCGCGGAGGUGGAAAGGAAAUAUACACUUGCAGCAGCGUCAGCUGGCGACCUGAGCGAAACUAGCUUUGUAGCUCGUCUUCUUAUGACUGUAUCUACACUCUAUGGCAGAGAAACAUAUUCAGAUAUAGUAAUAAAACUACAGAAUAAAACUGUGCCUGGACAUAAAUUUGUUUUAAAUGCUCGUUCUGAUGACUGGAAUGAAGAGGCUCUAAAAAAUUGUUCAGAAAUAGAUUGGUCUACACUCCCUGAUGAUGUUGGCUCUGCCCUUCUUAAGUGGCUCUACACAGAUGUGGUUGACCUUUCUAGAGGUGAUGCUUUUGCCUUGCAACUUAUGAAAUCAGCCGCUGGCUUCAAAUUGUUUGGUUUGGUUGGGAAGUGUGAACAAGCUUUGAUUGCAACUGUUGGUGUUAGGACAUGUGUCAAGUUUUAUUCAGCCGCUGAUGAAAUAAAUGCAACAGCAUUAAAGGAACAUUGUUCAGGCUUGAUAUCCGCGCAUUGGGAUGAUUUGACAGGCGAGGACUUCGCCCACAUGUCCUCCGCCCUGUUGUACCGGAUGUUGAAGAGUAAGACUCAGCAGCCAUUACACGGAGCAGUCAGGCUCAUGAGGGAGGACGUCGUGUUCCUCUGUCUAGUGGAAAACCACGCGAAUUUAACAGACAUUGUGAACGCGAUGUCCUCUCGUGGUGAGCUGCCAUUGGAAUUGGCACUUCGUGGCCGUAGUUCUUCAAUAGCCACAACUCUGCUACAACAUUGUGCGGACGCUGAUGCCCGCGGCCCUCGUGGCAGGACGCUCUUACACAGAGCAGUUGACGCCAGAGACUCAUUCUCCGCCAAGUUUCUAAUUGAUAAUGGAGCUGAUCCCAGUCUGACUACUAAGGAGGAAGGUGAUACUGUGUUGCAUCUCAUAGCGUCACUCACAAACAGCUCGUGCGAUCAAGAGACAAUGGAUCAAAUGAUUGAAAUAGCGGGAAUCGCUGUACAGAAGGGAGCUGAUAUUAACAGACAAAACAGAAAGGGAUACACGCCUCUCCACCAAGCGGUGAUCGCGAGAAACCAAAGGAUAUUCGAUCUGCUAUUGCAGCAGCCUAAUUUGGAUACUAAUUUGCGUACAAUAUCCGACGAGCACCCGCCGUUGUAUUACGCGUUAGUUGAUGACAGGCGAGCGUCUAUAUCAUCGAGCGAGACCUUAGUAAUGAACGGAUCCAACCCGUUCGAUACACCCGUCACGAAUAAGGACGCGUUCACAGAGGAUCCGAUCGAGGGGAAGUCUGAUCAAGUCGUCGAGAGAUUCUUUGCAGCUAAGCUCCUCGAGAAAGGAUGUCAGCCGAAUCCAUUGUAUUCAAACAACGGUGAUAGUCUCUUACAUAUUCUGGCUCAGGGAUGGUUCGAGGAAUCAGCUGUGUUUCUCACAUCUCAUCUGAACGGCGAUUUGAACCACAGCAACGAGGCGGGUUUCACGGCUCUACACUCAGCGUGCUCCAACGGUCUAACAAGACUGACAUCCGCCUUACUGGAACACGGAGCCAGGCCAAAUUUACAGACGGCGUACGGUGAAAACGACGACACGGUGUACAGACAAGCUCCACUCCACCUGGCCGUGUUGAAUAAUCACGAGGGAUGUGUACUAGCAAUAAUAGAACAUAAGAAGCUAGUAGAGAGGGGGGAACUACCUGCCACUGACAGGUCCAACGUGAGUCUGAUACCCAACCUAAACCUGAAGAACUCUGAAGGGGACACCGCCGUCAGCCUGGCACUGUCUGAAGGUCAUAAACCUCUGGUGGCACCGCUGAUAGAGGGCGGAGCGGAUCCUAACAUUCGUAACGGAAAAGGUUUUACGUUACUCCAUCAGGCCAUAGUCGAGGAAGAUUCCAGGACCUCCAUCUACUUGUUGGACCACGGAGCCGAUAUGAAUGCUUUAACCGAUGCUGGCGAGACUCCCCUCCAGCUAGCGAUCCACUGUCGUCUCGGUCUGGUGGUGGAGGCGUUGUGUGUUCGCGGCGUGGACAUGAGUCGUCUGGACGCCCACGGUGUACCGCCGCUGUGGGCAGCCCUCGACUCCGGACAGGAGGAAGUGGCCAGUAUUCUAGUUCGAAACGGCGCGGAUGCUGAUUGCUGGGGACCUGGACCUGAUGGAUGUCUACAAACUUUGUUACACAAGGCAAUAGACGAGAACAAGGAGUCCUUAGCGACAUUCCUGAUUCGGUCGGGUUGUGACGUGGAGAGUUCUCGCCGGCCUGGUGCUGGUGGAGAAGGCGGAGACCUCGCCGCUGACAAGCAGGCCCCGUUACAUCUCUGCUGCACCUGGGGCCUCACAGAUGUUAUACAAACAUUGUUGGAACACGGUGCAAAUAUUAAUUCCAAAGACGCUGAAGGCAAGACUCCGCUUCACAUCGCUAUAGAGAAUCAACACGCGGCUAUCAUAUCGCUGUUGCUAUCUCAGCCAGGGAUUGACUUAUCUGUAAGGGAUAAUAAAGGGGUGACACCCUUCGCAGCCGCCCUCACCGCCAGAAACAAUAAGGCGGCGCAAGCCAUCCUAGAGAAGAAUCCUUCGGCUGCUGAACAGGUAGACAAAAAAGGUCGUAACUUCCUCCACGUGGCGAUCCAGAAAUGUGAUAUGGAGAGCGUAAUGUUCCUGUUGUCGGUGGAGGUGGAUGUGAACUCUAGGGUUCAGGACUCGACUCUAGCGCCGCCACUUCACCUGGCGGCGGCCGUCGGCAACGAGGUGCUUCUGAGGAGUCUCCUGCUGGCCGGAGCACGCCCUAACGAUAGAGACGCUCAUAAACGUACAGCUCUCCACGUGGCCGCGGCGUCCGGUCAAGCGGGGAUCGUGUCAGCGCUGGCGAGCGGCGGUGCGGAGUGCGGGGCGCCAGACGCCGCCGGGGACAACGCCCUGCAUGUGGCCGCGAGGGAGGGACAUGCGGCCGCAGCUCGCGCCCUCCUUGCUGACACCGACAUAGACGCGGCCGCUACCAACCUCAAAGGACGUAAUCCAUUACACGAACUAUGUUGGUGCAAGAAGGACAACGCGGCGGCCAUAUGCGAGAUAUUUUUGGAAUUUAUGCCAGACUACCCGAUCAACAGGACUGAUUUACAGGGUAACACGCCGCUCCUACUGGCUUACAUGAACGGUCAGGGUGCUGUCUGUCGAGUGUUGGUUAGAGCUGGAGCGUGUCUGGCCAUGGAGAAUAAGGAAGGCAUCUCUAUAUUUAAUUAUCAGGUGGCAACAAAACAGCUGUUGCACCGUCUGCUGGAUGCUCUGCCAAGCGAGGCUCCGUGGGCUGACAGCGACCUCUGUCAGGAGUGUGGCACAAAGUUCACACUGACCAUGCGCAAACACCAUUGCCGUCAUUGCGGUCGAAUGCUGUGCAACAAAUGUUCCAGUCAAGAUAUACCGAUACUCAAGUUUGGUAUGAACAAACCGCAACGGGUCUGCGAAAUAUGCUUCAACGUUCUACAAGUCGGCGCUAGUUAGUUAUUUAAAACAUGUGAUAAUCUAUAUUAUAACCAGAUACGGCUUUUUAUUGUUUUAAUUAUUAUAGAUGUUAUUGAAUUAAAACAUUUUUAAAGUAUUCCAAAAUCGAAUAGCGAUUGUAGUUAAAUAAUGACACAAUUCUAUAUUGCUGUUGAGUAUGAAAUUUUAAAACAUUAUUCCGAGUCACAUUCAAAUUAUUCAAUUACUGUACUGAUCGUCUUAAUAGAAGUAUAUUUACAAUUCACGUCCAUUUUGAAACAAGCUUUACUUGAAUGUUUGAUUUUUUUUUUAUCUAUGAUUAAUCAUAAACGUAUAAUGCUAUGCCAAAGUCAUAGUGCUUUUAUUUUUUGACCAAUCUUUACUUAUGGUAAUUUUGUUUGUUACGUCAUCACUUGUAACAUUACUUCAUAACGAUAGUUUUGGUUAAAAUUACUUGUUUGUAAGAUAUUAUAUGAUUAUUUUGUAUUCACUUUAAUUUAAUCACCAUAUCAUAUAGUAAAUAUAUUAAAUUAUGAAACUGUUCUCAUAUAUCAACCUUGGCUUUUUAGCAAAGAUAUAAUUUUUAGUUUGUUGGAACAUUCCAAAUUAUUUCUAGUGCCAUUUUUAUUCAUAUAUUUGUUGUCAAAUUCUAAAUUUUAAUAUAUUAUGUUGUAGAUUC